UUGCGCAUACCGACCUUCACUUGUCACGUGUUAUGGUGUAGAGGGCAGCAGCGGCGCUUCUCCUUUCCGUCGCCACCCGAGCCAAGCAAGAUGGGUCGCGUAAUUCGUGCCCAGAGGAAGGGAAGAGGAUCGGUGUUCAAGUCCCACACCCACACCCGCAAGGGAAAGCCUGCCCUUCGUGCUAUUGAUUAUGCAGAACGUCAUGGAUACCUCCGUGGUAUCAUUAAGCAAAUCAUCCAUGACCCAGGCCGUGGUGCUCCUCUAGCUAUUGUGCACUUCCGUGACCCCUACCGCUACAAGAUCCGCAAGGAGAUCUUCCUUGCUGCUGAGGGCAUGUACUCUGGACAGUUUGUCUAUUGCGGCAAGAAGGCUAACCUUGAUGUAGGCAAUGUCAUCCCUAUUGGAAGUCUGCCUGAAGGUACCAUCAUUUGCAACCUUGAGGAGAAGACUGGUGACCGUGGCCGUAUUGCCCGUGGGUCUGGCAACUAUGCUCAAGUUAUCGCCCACAACCCUGAAACCAAGAAGACCCGUGUAAAGCUUCCUUCAGGGGCCAAGAAGGUUUUGCCCUCUGCUAACCGUGCCAUGAUUGGUAUUGUUGCUGGUGGUGGACGUAUUGACAAGCCUAUCCUGAAGGCUGGUCGUGCCUACCACAAGUACAGGGUGAAGAGGAACUGCUGGCCUAAGGUGCGUGGUGUGGCCAUGAACCCUGUAGAGCAUCCUCAUGGUGGUGGUAACCAUCAACAUAUUGGUAAGGCUUCCACUGUAUCCAGAAACAAGAGUGCUGGUCGCAAGGUUGGUCUGAUCGCCGCCAGAAGGACUGGUCUCAUCCGUGGUACAAAGAAGGACCCAAGGCAGAAUGCUUAAAAAUCCUAAAUAAACUAAGACGAAGA